AUGACAAGCACUUUUCUCGAAUUAUCGCCCCACAUGGUCCUGGAAAGCUUCUUCGAGGCCAGAAGAGAGGCAGAAGCAAACCGAGAAAGAGAAAACAAUGCUGCAGUUCUCAUUCAAAAAACCUAUCGGAGAUGGGUUGCCCGAAAUGCUUAUUUAAAGUAUCGACAUCAUGUUAUAACGAUACAGCGAGUGUUUAGAGGGUAUUUAUAUGGGAGAAAACUCAAACGUCAAUUGCUGGCAGAUCGAAUCAAACAAGAGAGAGAGCAAUUUUAUCACUAUUGUGCAACCCAAAUCCAAAGAAUUUACCGUGGCUAUUAUGUUCGAAAAUAUGUACAUAAUUUUUACAAGAGGAAAGAGUAUUUAGAGUUUGUGCAGCAGCAAAAUGCAACUGUCAGCGAAUAUGUGGAUAAUUAUCGAAAAAUCAGAGAGGAGGAGCUGGCUGACGAGAAGGAAAAGAAUGAUUUCAAACGAUUCCAGGAAUUGUCGAAAUCUUUGCAUCACCUUGUCAGUACAAAAACAAUACCAGGCGUUUACAAACCUAAUCACAGAUUGAUAUCAGAAGAGACAGUUUAUGGAAUCCCCGUUGAGGAUCAACUGAGAUAUGUCGCAAAAACAGAGUACAUUAACUCUCUUUCAAAGAGCAGAGCUGUGCCCAUCAACAGCACACUGAAAUCAACAAGUAACACUGAACUCAAAUCCAAUCCUUCCCUCACUUAUUUAUAUCCAGAUCAAUACAAGACCACAGCAUCUAGUACUCCCGAAAAAGAGAAUUCCCUUCCAACAAAAAUUGAUCAGAGAGACAAAAUGCGGGUAAAGGACAAACGAUAUGGUCCCUUUAAACUGCCUGAAGACCUUUCCACCAUAAAGAACAAGACCUACGUUAGAAGCAUUCAGAAUGCAUGUAAAUAUGAAUUCGAUAAGGAAGUCAACAAAUUUGAAAACAUGAUAGAAAAACAAACAAGAGUAUCCACACAAGAAUACAUUCCAUACAAAAAAUCAACCCCUAAGAAUCUUGGAGAAACGAUCGCUGCAUCAGGAGAGUUCAAACCACCAAUACGAGCCGUAACGCGAAAGGAGGAAAAAGACAAACAAAUAGGAUCGGCAUUCAAGCCAACUAUUACAAAACCUGGUGUGUUCGACUCUUCAACAAUACCGUUUGUGGCCACUACUGUGCCCUAUGCCUAUAGUAAAAGGUGA